UAUGCGACCCGCAGGACUUUUAUAUUGAAGUGUGGUCUGAUCGGCGGCGCUUUUAAAAAAAUCUGUUGCUCUCUUCACAGUUAACAGUUUACUACCCGCCCCCAGAGUAGAAACACAAGCCUGGACAUCAGCAAGAUGUCAUUUGUGAGGAUUAACCGCCGACCAGUGAGAACCAAGAAAGUGUCCGCCACUAAAAAAGAGUGGGUGAGCACAGUCAAUGACCUAUCAGUGCACAAAUCCACCCCAGAGGAAUUGUCCAGGCGUCAUGAGAUGCACAGGUCACACAACAAGACUCUCGCUCAGUGGGAGCUGAAAGAGAAAAGCUUGAAGCGGAUACAGAAAAAGUGCCAGCCAGCCAGCCCUCCAGGAUUAGAUCAGGCCAGACUCAGGAUCAUCAGAGAGGUCCUCUCAGAUCAGUGCCAGCUGCAGGAUGUUCUUGCAAGGUCUGACAGAGCCAUGGCUGUGGUGAAAGAUCUGUUCGGUGAUGCACCUCGCAGACAGGCUGGGUUUCCUAGCGUUACCAUGGCACCUGACUGUGACUCUGAUUCAGAGCUUCCUGUGCUGCAGAAGCCGGAUCCGCCCACACAGCUGUCACUGCUCAGCCAGUCCAUGAUGGAUCAACAGGCCUUGAAUGAAAUUGAGGAUUGUGCAGGAGAACAUGAACAGGAUGAUCCGGAAGAUUCAGUGAGCUACAGUAGUGAAGUGUGCAGGCCAAAGAGGAAAACAUGUAAAGCGAAAUUCCCUCAGUGGAGUACAGAUCCACGACUGCAACAGCAGAAUGUUCCUCAGACUCCUUGGAAUGCAGUAAGAUCAGGGGACCAUGCAGCUCUGAAUGCAACAGUGGCUGUGGAAUGUUUGAAGUCGAGGGAGCCUGAGAGAGACACAAGCGAAUCAACCACUCUGGUGACUCAGGUUUUGAAUCCUGAACCUGCUUCCUCCCAUUCUGGCAGUAAAGUCAGGUCUUCCAGGGCCACCAGAGGCCUGACUCCUCGGAUGGAUUCCUCAGGUAUAAGUUCUCAGAGUGCCAACCAGUCUAGUCUGGAGCUGCUGCAGGACAGGCUGGGUCAGGUGGAGACAGAGCUGGCCUGUCUGGAGCCACAGGGGCCCCUCAGUUCAAUGAAACCUCCUAAUCAGCACAGAGGACUUACUGGCUUCUCUGUGGCUUUGGUUGAUAUUUUGGGACGCAUUGCUUGUCACAUAAGACGGAGAGAAGAACAGGCACAACAGGAGACACAGGAAAGAAGAAGACUAGAAGAAGAGGUGAAGAUUCAGAGGGAGAAAAUUGAUGCCCUUACAACAGAGUGUUUCUCACUGAGAGAACAGAGCACUGCCCUACAGGUGAGUCUGGAGGCACGAAUAAAUGAACUGGAACAGCGUGUGAACAUGGUGAUCCUCGGGUUGGAAGAGUUGGCAGUUGAGAGUGGAGAAGGAGAGAAGGAACUGGAAUCAGAAAAAGUACCAAGUGAUGAGAAGAUAAUCAAUGAUGAAGAAGAGAACCAAUAUACACAAGCAGUUGGCACAGUGCAAGCUAAAUGUGACAGUGUUUUUACACCAGCAGUACCAGCUAAAACAGACCUACAAGAUAAGAGACCUGAUCUUCCGGCUGUUCUUCUGUCUCCUCCACGGCAGAGAGAUAGCAGAGCACCCUCUGCAGCAGCAUGUGGCCGCUCUUUGCACUUUGAGGGUUCCCAGGAAUCAUCCAGUGUUGCUUCAAUGGAGGACUCAGAGCCCCGCUGCUCUCCUUUUUCCUUCAUCAGCCUGCCUGAUAAUGUCAUGCCACGCCCUCCUCUGCUACUGGACCAAGCAGCCCGGGAUGCAAUACAACAGCAGAUUGUUGCCUUGUGCAGCCAUAAUGCACUGAUCCAGGCUCGACUGAACCAGCUGCAACCCUCUUCUGCAGGAGCUUCUGCGUGCAAUUCAGUGUCCACAGUCAGCACUAGAGACAGGCAACCAUCCCCCAUUAAUGUACAGCAUUCUGCUGAACAGUGUGUUGGUUUAGAUGACUCUUCAGUGACACUAUUUGAGGAGAGGAUGCAGGAGCUGAACAGACAGAGUGCAACAGCCAGGGCAAGACUGCUUGAACUGAUAGAACAGCAGAAACAGAAAACAGGCUCCAGUGUUUCCCCAGCUGUCUCUCCUAUAUCUCCACCCUCCACCAGCUCUAACACAGUUGCUGAAAGGCUGAUGAUUCAGGAAUCAAGUGCGUCUUUACCUGAGCGAGGCCAGAUGUCUAACACUAGGGCAAACAGCAGAAGGCCAGGAGGAUCAGUUUCCCCACAAAGCAUAGAGGAAGGAGAACUGCGGUUUAUUAAUACACAGGUGGAUAAACGGAAAGAAGAAGGCUGGUUUGCACUGUCUGCACAUGUGCAAUGAAAACACUGCUGCACACAUACAGGUGGAAUGAUGUGACUGGCUUCUGUACAGUACCCACUCUACUUUGUACUGUUUUAGUUUUUAUUAUACACAUUUUAUCAGUUUUAAAUAAAUAAUUGGAUAAUUGAA